AUGUCAAAUUGUAUCAUCUACAAGAGACAUGAAAACAAAACUAAUAUGGCUCCUACUAACAAUAUACCACAUACGUUAAAACAAUCAUUAUUAGCCAAUAAGAAACAAGAUCCAUUAUGCAUUGAUUAUCAUAUGUUAGCUGAUAUUUUACCGAAACCGCCCGAAUUACCUGUACCGAAUGAACCGAAUUUUAUUCCAAAUGAAUUAUAUGAUUUGACAAUCGGUAAAUAUCACAAUGGUAUGAAACGUUGCAUCGAUGUUUAUUCACAGACAGAUAUUACUGAAUUAUUUGAAUUAAAUGAAUUAAAAAACAAAUUGAACAAUUUAAUACUGCUUAUUAAUGAAUAUCCAAAACAAAUAAAUCAAAUUAAAAAUACAUUAAAUUAUCAAAUGAAAUUAAUUAUUGAAGAGAUUAGUUUAAAUAUCUAUGAAAUUAUGAAAUCACGUAUAGAUAAUUUAUCUAAAUCAUAUGAUAAAUCUAUUGAACAUAUUCGUGGUUCAUGUAGAACACAAUUAGCUAAUACAAUCUCUGUAUUAAAUGGAUUACUCAAUACUGCUAAACGACAUGAUGGAACUUUAAUUGAAAAUUCACUUCGUAAGCGAGUUGUGGAAUUAGAAACUGUCUUACAACAAAAUGAAUUAGAUAUGAAAUGUCUACAAGAGAAAUUCAAAGAACUGGAAGACAAAUACGACUCAUUAAAUCUUGAAAUGCCAAAUAUUGUUAUUUCAAGGAGUUCCUCAGUCGAAUUAAUACCAACACGAGCCAUUCCACCUGUUUCUGUUGUACUAGUUCAUGAAGACAAAUCCGUACAAGUCGAUUCUUUUGAUAAAAAGAAGGAGUCACUGGAGAAAGAAAUAAAAAGUCUAUUAGAGCAGAUUGAGGUUCUUAAAUCUGCUUUAAGUGCUGUCCAAUCACAAGUGAGGUCAUUAAUUGAACAACGUGACCAAUCAGAACAAAAGGUUAAUGGAUUAAAUAAUCAGUUGAAUGACUUUAAAACAAACUAUGUUAAAUUAGAAAAACAAUUACUUGAUAAAACUAAUGAAUUAACAAUGUAUAAACAGAAAGUAACUUCAGCUGAAUCACGACUUAAUGAAAUGUUAGCAUCAAUGAAUAAUUUAAGAUCGGAGAAAAUUAAAUUAGAAAAUGAUUAUGCAAAUAAUCGAGAUAGUGAAAUGAUUUUACCUAUUAAAUUAAAUGAUUUGACAAUGAAGUGUGCAACAAAUUAUAUUGAAAAGUUAAAAACUAUCUUGAUUAAUAACAUUCACUAUUAA